AUGGCGUCCACAAUGUCGACAGGGCCCUCCUCUCUAGCCCAUCAGCUUCCAGCUCACCCUGGCUUUGCUCGCACCGCCGGCGCUCCCACCGCAUCUUCACUCCCACCACGUCCCCGACCCGCCUCGACCAUCGCCUCCAAACAACCAGCCACCGGCGCCGCUCCCGGCACCACAAACGCAGCCGCUGCCCCCUCCAAAUCCUCAUCCAAGAAACCGGCGUUGCCACCGCCGCCGAAAGUCAUCAUCGACUCGGAAGGACGAGCUUUCAAGCGUGGUGAUCUGCUGGGUCAGGGAGGAUUUGCACGCGUCUACAUGGCCGUCGAUCCAGAAGGUCGACGCAAAGCCUUCAAAGUCAUCGCCAAAUCCGCCAUUGCCAAAUCGCGCAAGAAUCGCCAAAAGAUCCUCGCCGAGAUCAUGAUCCACAAAUCCGUCGACCACAUCCACGUCGUCAAGUUCGAAGACUGUUUCGAGGACGAUACCAACGUCUACUUCCGACUGGAGCUGUGCCGGAACGGGUCGUUGAACGAUAUCGUCAAGAAACGCGGGCCGUAUACCGAGCCGGAAGCGCGAUACCUCAUGGUGCAGAUCUUGGCGGGGACGCAGAACCUGCAUGCGAACAGCAUUAUCCAUCGCGAUCUCAAGCUGGGUAACAUCUUCCUCGAUGAGCAUAUGCAUGUCAAGCUCGGGGAUUUUGGUCUGGCUGCAUUACUGAAGCAUCCAGAAGAGAGGAAGAAGACCGUGUGCGGUACACCGAACUACAUCGCACCCGAGAUCCUGUACGAUCAGGGACAGGGACACAGUUUCGAGGUGGACAUUUGGUCGGUUGGAGUCAUCCUGUAUACGCUCCUGGUGGGGAAACCGCCAUUCCAGACGCCCAAGGUGGACGAGAUCUACGAACGAAUUCGUCAAAACGCCUACGAGAUCCCGGUCAACGCUGGACUCAGUGCGGAGGCGGUGGAUCUCAUCACACGAAUCCUGACGCACAAUCCGGCGCAACGACCGACGUUGGUACAGAUCAUGAACCAUGCGUGGUUCUCUUCCGGUCCCAUACCCGCGAGUAUCCCCGAGACGGCGAUCGAAACGACGCCCUUCCUGCCGCCCAUCACGGCGCGCGAAAGCGCACGCAAUCUCGAACUGCUCAAGCGUCAGGCGUGCUGGGACGACCGCGCGGACGAUCUGUUGGAAGACUCGCCCGCCGCGGACUACGCCGAUGCCCAACAGGAGCCGAUCGAGGUGGUUGUCGAUGCAAGAAGCGAGCUCGAACAGGCGGAACAGGCCGAGGAGCGAAGGGAGAAGAUGGAUCGCGAAGCGCAGCGUGCAAUUUCGCCCGAAUCGCCCAUCUCUGCUCUGCUCAAGGCCGGAAGACAGCCACUGAUCAAGGCACCUGCUGCACCGGCGCAGAGCUUUGCCAGGGGCGCGGCGAAUAGCUUGGCCAAGCAGCUAAGCGGUCUUACCUUGAGGAGUGCAGGGGACAAGGAGAACGCGGCCCCCAUGGCGGCGCCCGCUCCUGCGGCGAGAGCGGAGUUCGGUCGCGGUUACUCGAGGGGUGUCAAUGCAGGUGGGACGCAAGACAAGCCGAGAUUGGUCACUCCGUCGACGGGGGGUUUGACGAGACCCCUGUCGACGACGUCGCUCAACGACCAAUACGCCUCGAGCUCGCGUGCGACGCUGGCCUCUAUCGGCUCAUCCACCGCCCUCGCCCCCGGUGUUCGAAAGACGAAAACCUCGAUCGAGAUCAUCAUCGCCCACCUCGAAUCGGCUCUCGCUUGCGUCGACGCCAACACCCUUUACGCCGCUCCACCCAGCUCGUCGGCCGAAUCGAUCCGAUUUGUCGAAAAGGCGUGCGAGCUGAACGGCACACGGGUGGUACCUGACAACCCGCGCGUCUUCCUCAUCAGCUGGCUCGACCAUUCCGAGCGCUACGGUCUGGGGUAUGCCCUCAGCGACGGUAGUGUCGGCGUCUACUUCCGCGAUUCCACCAGUAUGGUUCUCUCGUCCGCCAAGAGCUGUGUUGACUACAUCAGCACCAUUCGCACCCCCAAAUCUGCGGGCAAAACGGACCAGUUGAAGCGGGAUAAUUUCUCCCUCCCCACCCUCGACGCCCCUGGUUCGGUCCCCACGGAACUCACCUCGAGAGUCCGCGUGAUGAAGUACUUCGAAAAGGAGAUCAUGGACCGUCUCUACGGCGCCGACUCCCCGCUCACUUGGCAAGACACCGACAGGACCACAGGCAUGACCUUCGUCCACAAGUGGUACAAGACCAAGGACGCCAUCGUCUUCCGCCUUUCCAACGGAACGGUCCAACUCAAUUUUUACGAUCACACCAAGCUGCUGCUGACCCAAGGGGCGCAGGUGGUGAGUGUGAUCGAACCGCUGGAUCGAACCGGCGGAGUGCCGAGGAUGACCAGUUGGACGCUCGAGGAGUUUGUGUCCAUCGCUUGCACCGAUCGCUCCAAGAGAGAGGCGGAAGAGGACGAGAGGAGACGCUUCAACGUCGACAAUGACGGCGAGAGGUGCUACAAGACCAGGCCGAUGGAGAGACGCAAAGUCAGAGGACUGGUGGCCAAACUCAGGUACGCCAUGGAGGUGCUCAGCACCACGGUGCAGCAGAAGAGCGUCGCCUCGAACGCUUAG